CUCCUCCUCCUCACCCUUUCCUACCACCCACACCCGAAGCUAUCUCAACAGCUGCUAUCCGGAUCGCGGCUCGCCCUUCCGGUGGCCUGGUUCGUGUCGAUUACCGAGCGAGAACGUCCUAGGUACCCACUCAAGUCGCCACCGCGAUGGCUUCAGGACCGUCGACCUCGGACGGCCUGGGUUCGGCCCACAUGUUCGACCCUCGCUGGCCCGGCGCUCACCUGCCGAAGCAGCCGGACCUCGCGGCGCUCCGCGCGGUCCUCGACGAGGCGACCGACCGGCAGUUCAGCUGGUGCCCGACGGUGGGCGAUUUGCACGCGCUCGGCCACCAUGACGCGACGCUCAACGUGCACAUGCGCAACGUGGACGCGCUCGUGGGCGAGGUGACGCGGGAGCACCGGGCGGGAACGCUGGAGCAGUACAAGCAGGCGCGGCUGUCGGCCUCGUUCGCGGCGCUGCCGGCGGCCGCGUUCGCCGCGAAGAUGGACCUGCUGGUGGACGCGCGCCAGGAGCUGGCGGACUUCCUGCUCGCGUUCCGCGUGGCCGGGCCGGUGUUCGCGGACCUCGGCGGCGAGGCGGCCGCGCGCAACCUCUACCGCCGCCGCAAGGCUAAGCACCUCGUCGGGCUGCUCUGGGGCGAGCCCGCGGUGCCCUGGCCCGGCGUCAAGGCGCGCGCCGCGGCCUUCCUUUCUGUCACCGCUUGCGCCGGCUGGGACGACCCCCUCGACGCCAAGCUCGCCGCCCUCGUCGCCCGCUACAACAGCAUCCACGGCUCCGACGACGACCCCCACCCCUUCCCCCUCGCCGCCGCGCACGAUUUGCCUACGCUGACCCCCAACCACCCCACGCUGCUCGCCCAGCCGCCCCCCGGCGGCGCCGCGGCAGACGCGCAGGCCGACGAGCCUGCCGCCGCCGCCACGUCUGAGCCCGCCGCCACGCCUGAGCCCGCCGCCACGUCUGAGCCCGCCGCCACGUCCGAGCCCGCCGCCACGUCCGAGCCUGCCGCGGCCGAGCCCUCCGAGCUGCCCGUGCACCCUGCCAGCACCAGCAGCGCGGGCGCGCACACCCUGAUCCCCGGCGGCCCCGCCCGGCGCGGCGAGGACUUCACGGCGUUCGUGAAUGAGACAGUGGCGGCGCUGGGCGCGGCCGACGGCGGCGGUUCCGCCACGCCCCCGCACCGCCUCAAGGCCCCCGGCAUCCGCGGCCGCAACGCACUGGCGGCCGAGCGCCAGCGCCAGCCCAGCCUCGCGGCCCUCACCGACGCCGAGCUCAACGCCUUCCUCCUGGCCAAGCGCGCCCGCGACGGCGACGGCGCGAAGGGCGGCCGCCGGCCCAAGCGCCCCCGCCGCGAGCCCGACGGCGCCAAGUAGCGCACCGUCUAUCUGGGUCGGUGGGUGAGGGGCACGAGCACGAGGUCGGGAUGCCCCUGACGCUUAGGGCAGUGUGGUGAGCGGCGGGGCCGGCAUUCCCGGCUCUGCUGCUCUGUUUGCGUUGCUUUUGUUUCCUCUGUCGACACAUCCGACCAACCCGUCUCCCCUCCCCGCGCGCCUCUCCUGUCUGGCGGCCGCUCGGCGGCGCUGUCUCGGCCCGGCAUACCCACGAGUACUACUACGAUUACUGUCGGCGCUCUGCGAGGGCAGUCGGCGGGCGGGGUCUGGGUGCUGCGCUGUUUUUUCCGUCUCGGUUCUGUCUGUUCUGCUAUCGCUUUAUAAUUCCAAACCUGCGCAGAUUUAAUAUGUCUCUUCUCUCUUCUCUUCGGGGCGGUUUCGGCCCGGUCGCGUGCGCGCGAUGCCGGUGUCGGUGUGUACCUACUAUAGACAUGACUAACCUCCGGAGAAAGAGAGGGGCUGUUGCUCCGUGGUGCGAGGUUUCUGUUACAGGUACCGUCUAUAGGUAGUCUACAUGUGGAAUCUUCACCCGGUAUUCUCCCAAGGUUGUCUGCUUUUUGC